GCCGCUCUCGCUGGAGUAGCGAAUCCAGUCAAACAGGGAAUAAAGAGCCGAUCUAUGGCAUCCACCAGCUCCUGUUCACAACACGGACAGCGUUUUGCAGUAGCGAAGUACUUCUAUCAAUUCAUAGACGCCAACUUGUAGACCUCAGAGCGGUUACUAUUAGAAGCUAACACCAUACUUUUUAUCCAGUAUGGAGUGAAAUAAUAGCGUUUUUCUUGUAUAGGAGCGAAUUCCAGUUAAAGCGCCGUAGAAAAACAAGGACAAACAUUGGGCUUCAGCUUUGCCGCGGCCAGGUAGGAGCAGAGAACAUCCUCUUCUUGUUGUGAUGUGCAUCAACAGUAUCCCCCAGGGGCUGUAUAAGGCAAGCUCCAGAUCCCUCUAAGCCAAAGAGCGCCCCCUGGAGAUGUCUCGCCACCAUAACCGCUUUGAGAGGGACUUCCGCGGCACGUGGGAGCGGCGGGAACGCUGUGCCGUCCCCAACACGACCUGCAGCACCGCCAACAGCUGCGGGGCCACCACGGGCCCCACCAACAACCGGCCGGGGCUCCUCCCCCUUCCCAUCAUCCCCUCACUGCUGCCCACACCCGUCUCCGUCGCCACGGCUACCACCUGUGGGAACGAGCUGGCCGGCAAACGUGUGGGCCCUGGCUCCACCACCUGCAACUCAAUGGUCUCCACACUGUUGCCGGGUAACAGUCACAACCCAGGUCAGAUCUUGGCGCCAGUGAUUCGAUGGGGUCAGACGCCUAUCAACCAGUCUACGCCCUGGGAGACAGACGAGCCACCCACCAAACAGAUCCGGGAAAAUGAUGGCACAGGUCCACCAUGGGUUUCCUCGGUAGCAGCAGCCAGCCAGGUGGGCCUCCGUGGGCACUCGUAUGGCCUGGCACCGCCCCCAGCGUACACCCCCGGAGUGACCGCCCAGUCGCCCAUCAUGGGCGUGACCCCCGCCAUCCCAACCUCCAUGCCCCCGCAGCACCCGCUCAUGACCGCCCACUUCCAGCUGCCCCCGCCGCCCCCCCAGACCCUCGCCAGCGCGGUGAUGAACCUCUCGGCCCACCCUGCCCUCGCCACGCCUCCACACACCCCCGUCUGCCGCGUCACGCACCCCGCCGCCAUGGGCAACGGUCACAUGACCCACCCCGCCAUGCAGCCGCCCGCCGUCCCGCCCGCCAACGCCCCGCUGACAAACGGCCAAACGGUUCCGCCCCCUGCUCCCAUCCCCGCAGCCAAUCAGGAGAACACUAAUGGGCCUCAGAUGCUACGUACCGUGGGGAUGGGGAAGUAUGAGUUCACGGACCCCUGGCACCCCAAAGAGAUGUUGAAGGAAUUGAACCAGCAACGCAGAGCGAAAGAGUUUACAGACCUGAAAAUUAUUGUUGAAGGCAAAGAGUUUGAAGUCCACCAAAAUGUUCUAGCUUCCUGCAGCUUGUAUUUCAAGGACCUGGUCAAAAGGUUGUCGGGGGAGAAGAGAGGGGGAGAGAAGCUGGAGCUCUCAAUGACCAACAUCGGCGCGGACGUUCUGGAGCUGCUGCUGGAGUUUGUGUACACGGGCUCGCUCAUCAUCGACUCGGCCAAUGCCAAAACUCUCCUGGAGGCCGCCAACAAGUUCCAGUUCAACACCUUCUGCAAGGUCUGCGUGUCCUUCUUAGAGAAGCAGCUGACGGCGGGGAACUGCUUGGGGGUGCUGGCCAUGGCGGAGGCCAUGCAGUGCACCGAGCUGCACAGCAUGGCCAAGGCCUACGCCCUGCAGAACUUCCCCGAGGUGGCCGGCCAGGACGAGAUCCUCCGCAUCUCCAAGGACGACUUCAUCAGCUACCUGUCCAACGACAGCCUCAACACCAAGGCCGAGGAGCUGGUGUACGAGACCGUCAUCAAGUGGAUCAAGAAGGACCCCACCAACCGAGGCCAGCACGUGUCUGAGUUGUUAGCGGUGGUACGGUUGCCCUUCAUCCACCCCAGUUACUUGCUGAAUGUUGUGGAUAAUGAGGACCUGAUAAAGUCUUCGGAGGCCUGCAGGGACCUGGUCAACGAAGCCAAACGCUACCACAUGCUGCCGCACGCCCGCCAAGAGAUGCAGACGCCCCGCACCCGGCCCAGACUCUCUGCAGGUGUGGCGGAGGUGAUCGUGCUGGUGGGGGGCCGACAGGUGAUCGGGAUGAACCAGCGGUCCCUGACGGCCGUCACGUGCUUCAACCCGCAGAACAACAAGUGGUACCCUCUGGCCAGCCUGCCCUUCUACGACCGCGAGCUCUUCAGCGUGGUCUCCGCCGGUGACAACAUCUACCUGUCAGGCGGGAUGGAGUCCGGAGUCACCGUGUCGGACGUGUGGUGCUACAUGUCGCUGCUGGACAACUGGAACUUGGUGUCCCGCAUGACCGUCCCCCGGUGUCGCCACAACAGCCUGGUGUAUGACGGGAAACUCUACGCCAUCGCUGGCCUCGGGGUGGCAGGAAGUCUGGACCACGUGGAGAGGUACGACACCAUCACGAACCAAUGGGAGACGGUCUCGCCGCUGCCCAAGCCGGUUCACUCGGCGGCUGCCACGGUGUGCGGCGGGAAGAUCUACGUGUUCGGGGGGGUGAAUGAGGCGGGGCGCUCCGCCGGCGUCCUCCAGUCCUUUGAACCCCAGACCAACACCUGGAGCUUCAUCGAGUCGCCCAUGAUCGAUAACAAAUAUGCCCCCGCUGUGACUCUUAACGGUCUUAUCUACAUACUGGGCGGAGCCUACGCCCGAGCCACCACCAUCUACGACCCCGAGAGAGGCAACAUCAAGGCUGGACCCAACAUGAACCACUCUAGGCAGUUCUGCAGCGCGGCGAUCCUGGACGGAAAGAUCUACGCGACGGGAGGGGUGGUGAGCAGCGAGGGGCCGGCGCUAGGCAACAUGGAGACCUUUGACCCCAGCAGCAAUGCGUGGACGCUGCUUCAGGGCAUGCCCUGCCCGCUGUUCCGCCACGGCUGCGUCACCAUCAAGAAAUACAUCCAGAGCGGGUGACUCUGCCCCGGUCGCGUGACCCCCAUCCAGAGCAGCUGACUCCGCCUCUGUCACAUGACCCACGUCCAGAGUGGCUCACUUUGCCCCAUCAAAUGAAUGACAUCCCGAGAGGCUUACUCAGUCCCCCUCUGCUUCACGUAUCGUACAUCCAGAGUGGACGACUCCGCCCCCUAUCACGACUGGACCACUCCCCCUCCCCACGCAGGCCGGGCCCUCCCACACGCAGACACUUGGGUGUUACCUCUCGUCUCCUUAUGGCGUUCCCUGUGCCUCGGCUGUAUGAUAUAGUGCACCUUCUCCUACCAGACCUACGAGCAGAGCAGUGCCACUAGGCUUACAGCCAGCCGUCAGUACCAUUAAAACACUCCAGCUUUUUUAUUUGGCUUAGCCCACUUUAGUGCUGGUUCCGAGUUUCCAGGGUUGAGGGCAUUCUACGGAGAAGUACUGUAGAAGUUCCCCACUUAAUGAGUGACGGACUGCAGACGAAUCACAGGCCUGUUGUUACACAGCGUAAAGGUACCAAUUAACCUGCUCCAAGUUGAAAUGGAGGGGUUGGUUGGCAGGUUAUAAAAACGAGUUUGAGAGCCAUCUCGAUGUACCUGUUACGCACAGUAAGGGCUCCUCUGCAGACAAAAUGGGAGCCGCUUCCUCUAUGUACUGCUGGAGAGCCGUAAUGGUGACGCUGCCACGGACCAGACCAGGUUUAUCCCAUUAAAUGACCUCGAGCAAACAGGUGAGGCCAUUUUGGGCCAGGAUGGGGGCACCCCCGAUUUGGACAUGAACACAUGGAUCACCCCCUCCUUGCCAAAGCACAAAUUCCCUGAGGUUCAAAGGGGUCUGUUGUGUUUAUUUUAUUUUUAUUUUUGAUGUCUGACCCCAUGGGCCAGAAGGGUGGAGGGGGGCUGCAGUGGGGUUGCAGGGUUUUUUUUGUUUUUUGUCUGGGGUGGGGGGGACAGUUUGUAAAUUACAGAAGGAGAAAAUGUUUAUUUUAAAAACUCACUGUGAUGCUGUAUAAAUGUUUUUUUUAGGUAAAUUGAUAGUUAGACUCAGAAAUAAAUGUCUAAAAAAGGACAAAUGUGAAAUAAAUAGUAAUGCAUAAUCUA